GUUGAGUUGGAGUUUGAACUUUGGACCAUAAAAAAAGAGCUGAGCGAUACUGUGGGGACUCUUCAGCAAAGGAGACAAAGAAACGCCAUAACAAAGCAAAUUGGAUAUUUAAACUGGAUCUGUGUGGUCUUGGACGGCGUCAGAGGCAGUUCACUCAAAUCAUGGAGUCCUAUCAAGAACAGGUAAAUGAAUACAGUCCUUUUUAUACUCAAGUUUUUCUGUUUUGGAUUACUGGGGAAAAGUUCAAGCAGCAAAUUUGGAUCAUACCUUGAAUUCUUAAAUAUAUUUGUCAUGUAUGGACUCAAAUAUGAAUGUUCUGGACAGACUUAACAAUGGGGAUGAAAAUGGUCACGAUCUCUAACAGAUACAUAGGCAGACUCAGGGAACAUAUUGUACGGCACAGUGUGUUCAUAUGCAGCCACGGUGAAAGGUUGGCAGUAAAAAAAAAGCAAUCAACUGUGUCAGCAGAAAAGAAAAACAUCCAUAUUUUUGUUUUCUUUGCUUCUACGAGCAUGACAGUCACCAUAUUGUGUUGUGAUGAAAUGUCAUGAUCUCAUUUCAGGGCUGUGAUGGUAUCGAACUGCUCGACUGGCUGUUUGAUCAAAACGAUGGAAUUCUCCGCCACGAAGAAACCGAACGCCAUGGCAACCACCACACCUGGCCAAUUCAGGACCCAAAUGUGCGUGACACUGUGGGGUCUCUAAUGUCAGACACACAGACUAGGAUUGUCUGUUAGCUUUGAUGAUAUGCUCUGGAGGUCUUAACAUGAGUUUUGUUUUUCUGGUUGCAGAUGCUGCAGCCAGCCGAACAGACAGACGAUGACUUCCUCAACGCCAUACUGAGUGGCAGUGAUUCUGCGACAGGCUCCCCUCUGUGGUCCCCUUCUCCCAGUGACAGUGGAAUCAGUGAGGACCCCCCUUCAGAUCAGAUGGACAGCCCUCUGCGCCCUGAUAGCCCCCCAGAGGAGGCACAGUAUUUCAGUAUGAGGCCGCAAACCAAGGCCGCCCUGGAAGCCAACGUCUCCAUUGACCUCAGUAAGUCACUAGUUCCUUAACAAAAAAACAAAAAAAAGUUAAUUGUAAUAAAAAUGUUGCCAGUUUUUGUUUAAUACUUGCUCUGAUAACAUUGUUAUCUUAUUCUGGUUUCAUUAAGUUAAAUCGAGUUUCCAGACACAGCCGUGUGCAGACAAUAAUCUGCCACAUUCUUGCAAAUGAAUCUCUGAAUCAAAGCAGACAAAGACAGAAACAUUAUCACUCUAAGAAAAAGAAGACGUUUGUGUGAUGUUACGAAGCUGUUAAUCUUUUCUGGUUGUGUAAUCAAACUAUAGACACUGACAUUUCUUAUUGAUCUUGUUAGCAGUUUAUUUAUGCUUACUUUUGUGUCUGUGUUUCUGUGUGUCUGCAGAUGGUUGGUGCCCCCCCUUCCCGUCUGACAGAACCAGGAUCACACAAUAUCCCUCAAAUGUGCAAAGACCACAGCUGUCCUCCGGCUUCCCUCUCACUGUCAAAGAUCUGCUUCUGUCUGGCACUCCAGAGCCAGUGAGUGUUUUCCGUCUCUCUUCUGUACUUUGACACAGUCAGGGAAGCAAAAUGACAGAAUUGAAAUGUUUUUAGCUUCUUGUUUUGUCUGCUUGACUCAUACACAGGACCUGUUGUUUACCCAGUGCGUGAGAAGGGUGUGUUUGAUUUGUGUGAAUGUAUGAUGUCACUUAGAGGGACUCAAACCUGACGUGAGGUCAAUUGAUUUGGGACGGUUUUUUCAAUUGUGGAUGACAAAAUGGGUAAAUGUAAGUGAGAUGGCUUGAGAGAUAGAAUUAAUGCAUACAAGAGGAAUCUGGGAAAAGUGAGGAUGACAUUCAGCAAAGGGCGGCAGGAAUCAAACCUGCCUCAAGGAUUAUAGCCUCUGUAUAAGGAGUACAUGAUCUAACAGAUAAGCCAAACUGGUGCAUUGGGUGCUUGUUUUAAUAUCACAAUCUGGUGACUUCACUCGCUGAAAUCAUUGACUCAUCAAGGGGUGAGGUCUUAGGAGUGCUAAUUAGUUUCCUGUGUUUGAACUUUUGGUUGCUCUACACACAGUACUCAGUUUAAAAGUGUGAUGAGGGGGAGGAAGAGGACUUUUAAUGUUCUAUUCAGCUGAAGUAGAAUUGAGAUAUUCUCAAUAAUGAGUUCUCUGCUGAUUUAGGUGGAGUUGUUUCUGUACAUGAAUCCAGCGAGCAGUUUGUAUAUGGUACCAUUUCACAUAGUCGUGACUGUUGGAGCAACUCACAGAGGGCUGGAUUAAAGACAGCUGCUGAUGACGUUAUCUUAAUCACAUGAUUUUAGCAUUAUCACAAGUUAUCAUGUUAGACACCCAGCAAAAUAUAGUGGGAUUAUAUAUGGAGGAGGGGGGGAAAGGAGUUUACUCAGUUGGAGAUAUAAGGCGUUGUAUCUGCUGAGAGCACCUGGCAGUAGUAAGUAAGUAGUAGUAAGAAAAAGUCAACUUACUUCAAGAGGUGAAUAUUUUGAUUUGCAGUUAGGAUUUAAUCCAGAUAUUGAAAUGGCCUAACUCCACAAAUGCAAAGUUAGAUCUUAGCCAAUAUAUCAACACUCCCACACAAAGUGUCUAUGAUCUCACCAGCAUGAAAUUUGUUAUUCGUGCAUUUUUCACAAACUUGAAUAGUAAGUAAAUAUAGUUCAAUAUUAUAGAUUACAAAGUAUAGAAUAAAUCUGGCUAUUUCAGCCAUGUUGUUUUAUACGAGGUCCAACUUCCCGUUAUUCUUGCACCUCUAGAGGUUUUAUCUGCGCAUGCACUCAGGAGGCUCAUUGUGUCUACAGCCAGGUCCUUCUUCCCAUUUGUGAUAAACCAGCAGCUGCAUUCUAAUUUCAUUCGCAAAUAUGUUUUUUUAAAAGAUAUUUAUCAAGCACAUAUUUUCUGUCAUCAUUUAUUCAGCUUUUUGCAAUCACAGCUGGCCCGUAAUGAUUGGGCCACAUUCAUCUUCUUGAUUAGUUUGCUAGCUAGAUAAGGAAUGAUAUUUAUGACAGCCUUUUAUUAAUCACCUGCCAAUGAACAAAAAAAGCCAUUUAAGAGGUCACUCAGUAAGGGGCAAAAGUACUAAUAAACACAAUAGCCUCGAUCCUCCUCCGUAGUUCUCUGUAUAGCUGGUCAAUCUUUAAGUUUUUGUGUCACACACAAGGACUUUUUCUCAUGAAGUUAAGGUGCGUGUUUUCGGCAAAAUGAACAAAAUUAAAGUUAGCUGGCUCAUAGAGAAGGUGAAGCGCCAUAGGUUGCCCCACAGGCCCCCAACAUUGUUAUAUACAUGUCAUUAUUUUUCAGCUGUAGAGCUAUUCUACUUACCCUGUGUGGCGACAUGGCAACAUUGAGGCAUUUCAUACUGUUCUUUUAUUCCUGGCUGCUUCUCAGGAACAGUUUUGUUUGCUGUCAUAACUUGAAAAAUAAUGUGAAACCAGUUCUGUUUUCUUGCUUCUUUACAAUAUACACCUAUAGUAGCCAUAAAAAAUCCAUGGUUUUAUGGGCAGAGCUCUUUUUAAAGAGGUGAGGAAUAAUUAAUGUCUGAUUGAGAGUUGAUUUUUCUAUAGCAGACUAAUAAUCGUACCAAAUCAUCUUAAUGAUACUGAGAUAUAGGAGGUUGUGGAUAGGAGGUUGUGAAAAGACUUGGAUGGGUCAUAGGUCAAGGACUGGGCUCACACAUAGAACUACAAUAACAUGCUCACAUUCACAGGCUACAUGCAUGUUCACAACAGGGUAAAUAGUUUCCUUUUUCUCCAUUAUUCGGUUGUAGGAAAAUCCAAUUAAUUUUUUGAAGACAUUAUUCCUAAAAGGAGAGGUUAUCACACGAGCAGAAUAAUGUGUUAGUGCUUCUGAAACUUGAGGGUGCUCAGCGGUGAGGAUGCAGCAAGCUCAGUAUUGAUCUCAUCUUUGCAGACCAGCUUGGUAAAAACAAAGAAAAUUGUGGCGAUUGCUUUGUGGUUGAUGAAGGUAGCCUUACAGUCUGCACUGAUUUAAUAUCUUCUUGUGGGGCUCUGGGGGAAGAGAUGGUUUGAUAGAGGAGCAGGAGGUAGAUGAGUAGGAGCAGGGACAAAAUGUAAUCAAACAGCACUUAUUACAGCUUUUGUAUUAAUAUUCAUAUCUCACAAACAGACUCCACACCUGUCCCAGCAGUCUAUUCAGGAGCUGAUACUCAAUGAUGAUGAGAAGAAGCUUUUAGCAAAGGAGGGGGUGACUCUACCCAGCCAGCUACCUCUAACAAAGGUAAAACGCAAUCAAUACCGCAACAACUAUCAGCUCCAAGAUUUCGAUCCCUCAAAGGCUCAAAAUUAAACUGUUCCCUCCUCUGACGAUCAGUAUGAAGAAAGGAUUCUGAAGAAAAUCCGCAGAAAGAUUCGCAAUAAGCAGUCGGCACAGGAGAGCAGGAAGAAGAAGAAGGAGUAUAUUGAUGGGCUGGAGAGCAGGUAAGACUGAUCUCAUCCAAAAAAAUUAAUAAAUAAAAAGAGGAAAUGAUUUUUUCUCAGCACGACUUUGCACAUCUGCAUCUUAAAAUUAACCAUUUUUAGCACAAGCUCUUUUUCUAGAUUAUGUUGUAUCAUCAGAUUAUCCUCGAGGCCUGGCAGUCUUAAAUUAAAUGAGUUAUGACAACAGUCACCUUCACUCACACAUUAUUGCCUCAAAUAAUGAAGUAAUUCUGUUGUAAGAAUUUUUACUUCAGUGCUAAAGGGAAUACUCGAGCUUUUAAAGUCAAACUCAAGUAGACUUGAGCUCAAGGAACUUGUAACUUCCACCUACUUUAUAGCAGGUUUUAAAGUAGUUUGAAUACAGUUUUUGGUGUUGUUGUUGUUUCAAAUAAAGCAUGUUUUUGUUUGUGUGAGCCUCACCUUGUCCGGCCCUCUCUUGUGUGUUGUUUCCUUUAGGAUGGCCACCUGCAAUGCACACAACCAGGAACUGCAAAGGAAAGUGUCCCAGCUGGAGAAAUGCAACAUGUGAGAGUUUUCAGAAGGACUUUUAAUCCUAUUUGUAACUUUUCUUCCAAACAGUGUUUCACAAUCUUCUCCUCACUCUUAUGUUCCUUCAAAGCUCUGUUUGUAAGGUAACGCAUCACCACCUUUUCUUUUUCCUUUCCUAUUUGACCAUCUGCAGGUCACUGAUGGAACAGCUGCGCAGGCUGCAGGCUCUGGUCAUGAACACAUCCAACAAACCAGCCCAGACAGGGACAUGCGUACUGGUAUGGAUGCCUUAAGUCUCUCUCUCUGUGUCCAGCAGAUGAACAUAUUGCACAUUAGCUUCAAAGCUUGAUUAGCUAUGGAGAAAAGCUGAUAUAGAUAUGCGCACAAUGAACAAGACAGCAAACGAGGACACAUAAAUUGUCUGAGGGCUUGCAUGUUUUACCAGCGAACGCAUUUGAACACAAAAAAAAACAACUUUUGAAAAACAGAAUGCUUUUCUCAUAAAAAUACACAGCAGAACAAUAAUAACUAUUUUCUUAUAAGCAAUACAUCCUGAAAACAUAUUCCACAGAAGAAAUAGUUUGAAGAAAUAAACUGACGGCAGGAAAUUGAAAAGUCUGACAAAGUUGAACACAGAGGCUUUCUUUGACAUUUUUCUUUGACCUAUGUGUCAAAAAAUGAUGUUUUCAUCUUCCCUGGGCAUCCUUUAUUGAACUUUUUUUUGCCUUCCCCUGUUGAUGUUUUGUUUUUUCUCACUCGUAGGUACUCUUGCUGUCCUUCUCCCUAAUCCUGUUCCCAAGCCUCAAGCCUUUGUCUGACACCAAGGUCAGCCAGGGAGACUUCAGUCCAGUAAGAAGUGAGUAACCUUCAGAAGGAAACAGCUUUGUGAAGCCGCCUGCUGUCUAAUCCAGCAGCUCCUUGUCGCUGCUGAGGAGCUUGUUAGAACUGCAGUCUGACCCACUGCUGGAAAGGUCUUCACCCGCAGAGCUUCACAGCCUGCUUCAAAUAUCGGAGGAUUUGAUGUCGACUUAAAAAUCUAAAGAUUAGAUGCCACACACAGAGAAAACAGGCCGUCUAUCAUAAUCAUGAUUACUAAGUUAAUGCAAUAUCAAAAACCUUGAAUAAUUCACCGUUAGUGACUUCUUUUUGAUUUCCCUUUUUACACAUAAAUCCUCCAAAUGUUGCUGUGUUACCUUGCACUGCCUUGAAAAAGGUAAUCAAUUCUGCACUUUCUCUGAGUGCUAGAGGAUUGGAGUCCUUAAUGAUGAACAUUUUGUCCAAUUACAAGGACAUAACAAUGUUGAUGUUGGUGGUUGUUGAAAAUUAAGGUGCUCUCACCAGCUGAAGUUGUUCUUCAUUAGGCGCGUCAGCAGACCUCUGUUGGUGCAUGCUCAGCCAACAGUUUACCUCUGCUUGUAGUUUUGAUAUUUAACCAUGGACUAUACAUAGAAUUGACAUCGUCUGCCUCCUCGAUGGGUGAAGCCACUCUGAGAACAGCGCCCUCUGGUGACAGGCUGCAGUAUAGGUCAUAAAUCUCGCCUCCAGCAAGCCCUAUGGAGCUGUGGACAAACUUAAGAAAUUUAUUACACAGAAUAUAACUUUUUCUCCCCCCUGGUUCUGAUGUUGACAUGUAGUUAUUGUAAGACUGUUUUGUGCUCAAGUGCUUUUUUUCCGUGAAGCUCCAUUUUUAAAAGUUAUUAGGGGGUUCAUGUUUUCUAUGAUUGACACUUGAUACGGCCUAUGGGCGUACAAAGAUUGCGUAGCUCACCCGGAUGAUACACUGUUUAAGCCGAGCGUCACCAUAGCAACUUUCAGCGACUCUUCCGCCAAAUGCGUACAAAGCUACUGCGCAAUGUUGGGUUCAGGAAAUGGAGUAAAGUUGCGGAAAUCCUGAGAGCUUUUCAGCUUCAAAUCUGUAUACUGGCGGAAGGCGGAACCAAGUUGUCCAUAGUAUAUCCAGUCCAUGUAUUUAACACUGGAAGUCUUUUUUUAAUGGAUUUUGUGGGACACUAUAAAGCACAGCUUUUGCUCAUUAGGUUAAGUCCAUAGUGUCUGCAGCUAGGUCUCUUCACUCAGGGUUGCCAGGUCUGUGUGACAAAGUUAGCACAAUGGCCAAUCAAACACUGACUGACUGACUGUGCUUCAUCUCGGUUAAGGUUAAUAGUGUAGACAUCUUAGCUGCAUAACUGUGUAAUCAUAUAGUGUAAGAUAUACAGGUUGUCAUGUCUGUCUGUCUUUUCUCUGCCUCUUUCCCUCACAGUCCAGUCACGGGCCCUGCAGAACCUUCAGGCCUCCCGGGUGCUGCACGUCAUCGAGCCUCCUCUUUCUGCUGAGGAGGAAUCAGAACCGCUGCACCGAUAUUUCCCUGGAGACAGAGGAUUAGAUGAUAUUACCGCACUGAUGGGGAAGAUGGGAGUGAACCAGGACCGGUCUGAUUUGGAGUCCAUGUCUCUGAACAGCAGCCAGGAAGAAAUGAGGGGCAAUUUUCACGUGGAUCCAAUCACUGGUCACAUAGCUACUGUGACCUUGGAUCCCCAGCGCUCCGCCAGGCUGCGACCACAUGCUGAUGAUAUGUAACAGAAAAUCAUAAUUUGUCUCCACCUUCCUCUUCAUACUUGGUUUCUCAGGGAAUCAUCUGAACCUGCUGUUUGCACGGAUAGGUAAAUUAGCUUUCAACAGCUUCUGUUUUCAAUUUAAUAUAUAUGAAGUCUUCUUUGUGAUACUGUUUUUUUUUUUUAUCAAAAAUGGAUUCUGUUCUUCUCAAGAUGAAUCUUUUGCCUCUUUUCUUUGAUGUUAAAAAUAUAGUUGAGACUAGUUUUAAUUUGAAAGGAUUGUUUGUAAAAUGUUGAAGGAUAUUUUGACUGUUUUUUUAUUAAUUGAUUUGAUUUGAUUUGAUUGGUUUUGAUUUGUUGUAGAUAAAUUGCCUCAAAUAAAAGUUAAAAAGCCAAA